AUAUCUGUGUAUAGCGCCUGAACUGGAGCUCAGCUUAGCGUUCGCCAGACUUUCAUAUGCACAUGAAAUCAACUAGUUUAUGCGUCCGCGCCAAUCGGCUGCCACCUGUCAUGAGGACGCGCCUCGCCUUCGAAGGACCAAACCGCCACCCCACGACAAAAUGGCGUCCGCACGUGUGGGCGGCAAAGGCCGCCGCGCACCUCUUCGGAUCAUUACGGUAGAUCCGGAGGGAACGCGAGGGAGGCGGGAGAGUUGUGCCAGAGGACGCCGACCGAGGAGAGCAUCCAGUCGGCCUCAGAGACCAAGCGAGCACGCGAGCGAGCUGGCCCCUCCGCACGCGACCCACCCUCACUUUGGCCAGGCGGCGGCGGUGGAGGAGGCGGCCCUCGACAUGAGCCGCUAGCAUGAACGGAGCCGUGUACAUUCCGUUCUUCCAGGGCCAGCUCGAAUCCGUCCUAGAGCAGGUGGUCCAGUUGGCCGUCCACGAGAUCAGCUCGACGGUGGGCUCCAGCCUCAACGCGCUGCUCCUCGAGGCCGCCGCCCAGGAGCAGGAGAACCGCCGGCUGCGGCUCCGCUUGCAGGCGUGGGAAAGCCACCACGGACAUAACAAGGGGGGCGCCGAGGAAUACCGGGAGAGCCAGGCGGCGGCCGCCGGGGACGACGGCUCGGACGGGGUCAGGAAGAAACCCGAGCAGCCGGCCAAGCCCCGCGGACCCACCGACAGUCGCCGCCUGGAGCAGAGGGGCCGAGUCGUGGAGCAGCUGAAGUCCGUGAUGGAGCGCGUCCUGCAUUCGGCCCUGUGCCAGCUGAAGAAGAUGGUGGAAGCAUCGUUUGACGACCUCCUGCUGGAGAUCACGCAGAAGGAGUGCGAGAGGCAGACACUGCAGGCCCGGCUGGACUGCAAACGGGGCGCCGCGCGCCGGGAGGCCCGAGACAACCCGGGCUCACCCGGCGGCUCCGAGGCUGCCCCCAAAGACACCUGCCCGGAGCCGGCCGAGGAGACGGGUGGCACUGGCGGAACAGAGGACAAGGCGAACGCGGUGGUGUUCGGGCACGAGUGGUGCGGAGAUAUCUGGAAGCCGAAAGGCUCGGUGGGAGGAGGUGGGGCGAGUGGGCGCGGCUCAAGUGAGGGCCCUGACCCGCCACUACUUCCCGCUAUGGCGCUGACCCUUGAGUCGCCCCGUCUGCAGGACCCCCGAUGGACGCCUCUGGAGGACAUGGACGUCCUCUGCCCCGACCGGGAUGCCGCGCCCGCACCCGCUCCUCCGCCACUGACCCCUUCAGGAAGUUGGGGCAUUCACUCGUCAGCCUCCAUGUUGCAGCGUCUACUGACCGCAUCGCAGCUCCCAGACGACAACGCGGGCACCACACACAAGAAACCGCAGGAUGCCAGGGUUAUGCCCACUGGCCAGGGCACCAAGCAGCAACAGGAGGAGGAGGAGCAGGAGGAGGAGGAGGAAGAGGACAAGCACGACCAGGGGGAAGAAGAGGAAGAAGAGGAGGAGAAAGGGAGGAAGAAGAAGCGACGUAAGGUUUGGUCCGAGUGCGAGGAUUGCGGCCGCAGGUUCAGCCGCGUGUUGCUGCUCAAAGCUCAUCGGCAGAUUCACGCCGAUGCCAACGUCGGUGUCACAUCAUCUCGUUGUUCACUCUGCGGCAAGAGGUUCCCCUCGGCCGGCCGCCUCCGCAGUCACCUGCAAGCCAAACACCGGUCGUGAGCCCCCCCCGCCCCCCACUGCUACCGGGCAAGCCAUCAGCAACGGUACCCAUGUCCACACACGCAGGUCUUUGUGAUAAAUGUGAAACGUGCCAAAAAAAAAAAAAAGGAGACUUCAUCUUCAUCACGAAGAUGACCAUGUUUACUCCAAUUGUCAAAUCGAUCACAAGUUAGAAUCACAACCCGCAUUUAGUGCGGGGGAUCCAUUCCACAAUAUUCGCAGUAUAGAGGGAGACCUCACUUUUUGUACUUUUUAAUCACUUUAGUCCUCACACACCACUUGAAGCACAUUAACUCGUUCAAACACACCGAAUCUUAUUCAAAGACACAUUGGGGAAAUACGAUUUGAGAUAUGAGUAUUUUGAGUGACAAAAACGGGAAAGGAGGGAAUUGAACUUGUAUCUCAAGGCAUUUGCGGGUCGGAAAUGAUGAAUGAUUCCCAACGCAACGACUGCAUUUGCUCACGCCUGAGUCAUUUGGAAACUGUAAAGAGAAAAAAAAAAAAACAUUUGAACCAGAUUGCUUCAAAACAGGCAGCCUAGCGGGGCAUCACCGCACAAGUCCAAAGUCGACGGCAACAAAGUUUCAAGAACACUUCCUGUCCUUAAAAAGGCAGCAAGUGGCUGCCCAAUUGUCACACACGCACAGAAAGUGACGUUCACGUCAUCCGACCUCGCCAAGUUUGAACAACGUGGAGGCGCAGGAGGACUUUUGAGUGAAGACAAUCUUUGCGAAUGCUUUCCGAAAGGUCACCGAGGAGCUCGGCUCACUGACGGACGCGUUUGGGACAUUGCGGGCGUUUGCUGGUCUCUCAACAUUUGCUGUCAUGUUUUUUUUUUUUUUUUUCCUCGUGUUGGACUUGUGAAGGUUUCCUUUGAUGUCCCCUGUCGUGGCGAUCCAGUUGCACCUCCCGCCGCCACAUACCUCAUUUUUGACUGCUUUCCACACACACCUGUUGUUACCUCAGCCGACCGGUCGCCACUCGUUUGUUUGGCGUGGGGGACAUGUUUGAAGGCGACGGCAGACGUUGCUCGGGCGUGACACGCACUGACGAGAACAAACUUGUGACGGCCGGUCCUCAAUGUGAAUUUCUUUGCUUUUGUUUUGAUUUGUCGUCGCUCGUGCAGAACCUCAAAAGACCUUUUCAUCGUGUUUGCAAACAAUAGGCGCAGUGCCGGAAGAAAGGAAUAAAUUCAUCAUAUUUUUGAUUGACAACAACUCUUUCACGAGCUUCCGAGGCGUUAGCCGAGUUGUGUGCGUCUUUCAAGGGACACUUAAUCAAUGUAUGAGAGGGUAGCCUGAUGAUUAUCGUCAGCCUUAGUCUUCAUAUUAGUCUCAGUACUGAACAAAUUAAACUAGGUUGGAGGCAAGGUGUCCUUCAUUUCGUACCUAAUGAGCUCCAUUUUUUUUUUCAUUGCGCGCCCCCCCCAAAAAAACUGCACGAAAUCAUCUGAAUAGGAGGUGCUGUUGGAACUAGACUGUUGCUGGCUUAGCAAAGCUACUGUAAGCAUGCGUUGCGUGUGUGUAUCAGCGUACUGUAAUGUAUCAGAUAAAGCAGGCGUUAUUUGAACUAAGAACGGAUCAUUCAAAAAGAAAUGAUUCCUUUUGGCUUAAAACGAGAGCCGUUUUCUAUUUUCGCAAACUAUCGUCCCCAUGCCUGACGGGAGACAUCAAGUUUACUCGCAGGCCAUUUCAGGGAUGUAAAAAUAAACUUGACUUCAUCAGGGCUUCACAGGCCCGUGGUUGAUAAAGAUUGGUGACAUCCCCUGAUCUAAACCCCCGACUGGGCAAGGGAAAAUGCCAAAAGCCAUUUUUUGACUGAUUCAAAAAACCAAAAACAAAACAAAAAGGAAGAAACCCCGAAAUGGAAGACUCCCCUUUCCAAGAUGAACAGGCUGCAACAGAUGCUGAGUAGACACCAUUUCUCACAUAGUGUGGUUACGUACAAUGUCGUUUAAAACAUCUAACCCUGCAGCAGAUUUGCUAAGUGAGCACGACAAGCACAACACUUUGAUCUGGUUCACUCUCGCUGUCUUUUUUUUUUUUUUUAACUCGAAUACCUCCAAAUAAUGGCGGAUGAUCCCCACGCGUGUCUCUGCACUCGUUGCUCCCGCCAUUAGAUGUUUGUCAUUGGCUGAUUUCAUCUGACAUCCCACGUCAAACAUGAAUAGGGGUUUGUCAUUGGCUGACCUUCAUUUUUUAUUGAAAGACAAGCAUAAAAAUGGGAUGUACUGUACAAAGAGUUCCGAGCAGGGGAAAAUCUUUGAUUUUGAGAUAUUAAUAUCUUGAAUGUUCAUGUCUAUAUUUAGCUACUGUAACGACAACUCAUUCAGCCCGACAGAAAAUAUGACGAGCUAUAGCGGGUGCAGUUUAAAGGGUCAGCGGAGUGAUAUCAGCAGGGGGCAUUGUCAACACACGCCUCAAAUGUAUUGUGCAGAGUGAGAGGCUGUUGCAGAUUAGAUUCCCAUCAUUCAAACAACAUGACACCAUUGUUUCUUUCGACUUUGGAUAUUUGAGGCCUGCCCGUGGGGACGGAUGGAUGCGGGUAUACUUUGCCAAAAAAUGUUGUUCAUGGAUUGUCUAUGAGCAGUUUAGCUAAACUGGCUAGCCUGGGACAUCAUGGUGACAAGAUUGAGAGAGACUCUCUUUUUUUUUUGUUUUUUUUUUUAAUGUCAACUGUGCAACUGGAUGUCAUGUGUUGUCUCCAUGUCCUAAUUUCUCACUGUUCUGCUCGGAUUCAUGCGGUCGGUUGAUGGGCCCCUCAUUGAUAAUCAUUUGAUGUUGUCAAAUUGUACGUUUUGACGGUGGGCAUCGUCUGAACAAACAUUGGGACCGGAUCUUAAUGGAUGUUUACAAUUGUUUUUUUCCCCUUAUUUUAAAGCAAUGGACUGUUUAUUGCAACUCUUUCAUUCUUUUCCCAACUUGAAAUCCGAGCAUUUUCUCACUCCAUGUUAGACGCACAAAAAAAAAAGUGUUUGUUUUUGCUGACUCAAAGCAGUCUUGUGGGCGCUAAAGGGAAGAAGAAGCGAUGCUCUUUGUCUAAAUGAGCACGCACACAAAUGGGAUCAAUAGAGUGUACGUUUUGUAACGUUGCUGAAAUUGUCUGUUUUUUGGAUGCAAUACUUUUGAUACACCUUUUUGUAUUUGAAUGUUGGUCAUUGAUGUGAACUUUUUAAUGUUUUAGCGUUGAUCAAGAACGUCAAUAAACGUGGACAAAUGAGAUGCAUGGCAGCAUGCUAA